AUGGAGUUCGCCCUCGAGGAUACACAGAACGCUGCUCCUGGUCAACCUACCAUGGCGGAACAACAGAAGCUAGGUGCCAGCACCAAGCGAGCUGACACCCAGAGCGUUACUAAAAGACUACAAUCCGAACUAAUGGCCCUGAUGAUGUCUCCAACGCCUGGCAUCUCCGCCUUUCCGGGUGCCGAUGGCAACAUGCUGUCCUGGACAGCCACUAUCAUCGGCCCCAAGGACACACCCUACUCCGACCUCUCGCUGAAGCUGUCCUUUGAUUUCCCCUCAAACUACCCGUACUCGCCACCCACAGUACUAUUCAAGACACCAAUCUAUCACCCCAACAUCGACUUCUCAGGCCGCAUCUGCCUCGACAUCCUCAAAGAUAAGUGGAGCGCAGUCUACAACGUGCAGACAGUCCUACUGAGCUUGCAAAGCCUGCUCGGCGAGCCGAACAACGCGAGCCCACUGAACAAUGAAGCUGCUCAACUGCAUGAGAAGGACUCGGAGGAGUACCAACGCAAGGUACUGGCGCGGCACCGAGAUAUCGAGGAUUAG